CUUUUGAUUAUUCAACCCGUCAUGAUGCUUUUGCAGUGGCGUGCGAGCAACUCGUUACAUGUUUUCUCUUGUUGUCAGAUGGACGGUCCGAGAUCAAGCCUCCUUGACAUAUAACGAGCAACAGCUGUCUAUCAAAGCUUAUUCCUGCCAUCAUCGUCUAGAAAUUUUUUUUUUUUAAAGAAAGAAUAUUUAGAAAUAUUCUAGAGAUAAGAUCUCUGUGAUGACGAUGUUGACCCUUGAUUUUUCCAUUCCUGCUCAUCUUCCUUCCCCGACGAUCCAUCUAAACACCACUCAUCUUCCCUCGAGUUAUAAUUCCGGAGUCUAUUCGACAGAGUCAUCGCCGUCGUCGACGGUGGUUUAGUUUCUGUCUGUGUCUCUAAUGGUUAGUGAUUCCGUCGAAGCUCAACAGAAUGAGCACACAAUCAAGGUCCGGGAGGAUAACAAGGACCGACUGGAAUCCAUCCACCGGCGAAUCUCUGAACCCCCGAAGCUGUUGAGUAGAGCCGCCGGGAAGACCAGUUGCUGCAUCUUCCGGGUCCCGCAGAGCCUGGCCGAUAUCAACGACCGGGCGUACGAGCCCCACAUCGUCUCGAUCGGUCCGUACCACCGUGGCGAGCCGCACCUCCGGAUGAUCGAGGAGCACAAGUGGCGGUACCUCGGGACGGUGCUGGAGCGCACCCGCCCCAUGGGCCUCGGUCUCGAGGACUACAUGCGGGCCGUGGAGCCCCUGGUCGGGAGCUCCCGUGAGUGCUACUCCGAGGCCAUACCCCUGGACGACGACGAUUUCAUCGAGAUGAUGGUGGUCGACGCAUUCUUCAUGAUUGAGCUGUUCCGCAAGGUCAGCCGGCUUGUCCCACACGAGCGGGACGAUCCGCUCUUCACGAUGGCCUGGAUUCUGCCCUUCUUCUAUCGGGACUUCCUCAGGCUCGAGAACCAGAUCCCCUAUUUCGUGCUUGAGCGAUUGUUCGAGAUGUCGAUGGUGUCCGCUGAGGAAUCGAAAAGGUCGCUGGCCGAGCUCGCGCUCGAGUUCUUCAAUAACAUCAUGCAGAGGCCCGACAAGGUGAUUGCCGCGUGCAAAGAUAUUAAGGGGACACACCUGCUGGACCUGGUCCGGUCAAGCUUCAUCCCAGGAGACCGGCAUGAGCUGGAGGAGCCGCGGAGGCGGACGAUCGUCCCCACCCAUGUGAUCCACUGCGUGUCAAAGCUCCGCCGUGCCGGGAUCAAGCUGCGGCGUAUCGGGGAGGAGGGCGAGAGCUUCCUAGUGGUGAGGUUCAGGGGCGGGGUGCUAGAGAUGCCGACAAUCACGAUCGACGACUUCAUGAGCUCGUUCCUGCUCAACUGUGUGGCUUACGAGCAGUGCCACCACAGCUCGUCCAAGCACAUCACCACCUACGCCACCCUCCUCGACUACCUCGUCAACACGCACAGGGACGUCGAGUACCUCUGCGACCAGAGCAUCAUGGAGAACUGCUUCGGGACCGAUGGCGAGGUCGCACGGUUCAUCAACAACCUCGGCAAGGACGUGGCCUUCGACAUCGACCGGUGCUACCUGUCCGGGGUCUUCAACAGCGUGCACGAAUACUACAGCAACAGCUUGCACGUGCAGUGGGCGAGCUUCAAGUACACCUACUUCGACACGCCAUGGUCGUUCAUCUCGGCCCUCGCCGCGUUCAUCCUGUUGCUGCUGACGAUGGCGCAGACCUUCUUCACCGUCUACGGUUAUAUCCUGCCCCCUAAGUGAUGGAGCUGUGCCAGAGUUUUGAUUGAAUUGCACAGUUUUGUUUUUUGAAUAAGGUGUUGAAAAUUUUCUAUAAUACGAGCUUACAUUAAUUAAUUAAUUUUCUAUUUUAAAGAAUCAGGUUAAUUGAUAUUUAAUAUUUGUUGAACCCUACACUUAUCUUAUUGAAUUGGGUAUUGACAUAUAUUGAUAA